ACGGCGGGGGAGUGAUUUCAUGUCACAGAAGCCUCCAACAUAAAGUGCCAGUUAACAAACGCAACAUAAGCCGCGCACGUUAGCUUCACUGACCUUUAUAGAGAAAAAAAAGGUCUUCUGAUUAUUUCCCCACCUCCCAACUACCCGCCAUUUCUACGUCAGUACGUGCCCACGGUUUUUUCUCUAUCCUUUCUCUCUCGUGAUGACCAGCUCCACCACCUCCAGCUCAAGAAGCCGGAACCAUAGCUCCGGCGUAAGGUCAACGCCUGACCGAUUCGCUCACUCUCCUAGCCCUUCGUACUCUGAAUCAUCUGCCUCUCGGAAAUCCGGUUCAGGCCGUAAUCCAGUAACGGUUGCCGCCCGGUCCAUUGCUGGAGCUUUCGUCGCGUGUUUUACACCUCCCGAGACAGCCGACAGCAAGAAUUUUGGAGUGUCCGAUGAGUUCGGAGCUCCUUCCGUUGCAUCGGACACGUCAAGAACGAAGAGCGAGGGGAGGGAAUUGAAUCGAGGAAUCUAUUCCAAUUCUACAAAGGAGAGAGCAACCGGGAGCAUGAAAUUCACAAUGGAGGAGAUCUUCAAGGCCACGAGGAACUUCUCCCCUGCUUUCAAGGUUGGACAGGGUGGCUUUGGAACGGUUUAUAAAGGGAGACUUGAUGAUGGAACCUUUGUUGCAAUCAAGCGUGCUAAAAAGAGUGUAUAUGAUAAGCAUUUGGGUGUGGAAUUCCAAAGUGAGAUAAAAACACUUGCACAAGUGGAACACUUGAAUUUGGUUAAGUUCUAUGGUUAUUUGGAGCAUGGAGAUGAAAGAAUUGUUGUCGUGGAGUAUGUGCCUAAUGGAACUCUUAGGGAACACUUGGAUGGUGUGCAAGGGAAAUUUCUUGACCUUGCUUCACGAUUAGAUAUAGCUAUUGAUGUGGCCCAUGCAAUCACCUAUCUGCAUAUGUAUACAGAUCACCCGAUCAUUCACCGAGACAUAAAGUCAUCCAACAUUCUCCUUACUGAAAAGUUACGGGCCAAGGUUGCUGAUUUUGGUUUUGCUAGGAUGGCUGCUGACACAGAUUCUGGUGCAACCCAUGUGUCUACGCAGGUUAAAGGAACUGCUGGCUACCUAGAUCCAGAAUACCUGAGGACCUAUCAACUUACAGAAAAGAGUGAUGUUUAUUCAUUUGGAGUGUUAUUGGUUGAACUAGUCACAGGAAGGCGCCCCAUUGAACCAAAACGGGAACUCAAGGAGCGGAUAACAGCAAGAUGGGCAAUCAAGAAUUUUACUGAUGGUGAUGCCAUUUCAGCCUUGGACCCUAAGCUAGAACUGACUGCUGGGACCAACUUAGCCCUUGAAAAGAUUCUUGAACUAGCCCUUCAAUGCCUGGCUCCCCGUAGACAGAGCCGGCCUAGUAUGAGGAGGUGUGGAGAGAUCCUGUGGAGCAUCCGUAAGGAUUAUAGAGAACAAUCAGCUUUUGACAUUCGCUCUCUUUCAUCGAAUUCCCAAAGGAGUGCUUCAGUUAGAGAAAACUAAACAAAGGGCCAACUUAGGUACAACGUAAAAAUUGUUGUUUGUUGUAUCACUGUUUUUAAAGCUAAAUCUGCAAGGUACAAAUAUGUAGAGAAGAAAUAGAGCGGCCUGCCUGCCUUGAGGAUCAACCAAUCGAGAAUCUGCCAGCAACAAGGCACCAGGAAGCCAAUAAUUUUCAAGUAAGUGCAUAAGCCAAGAUGAUUCUUAGGCCUUAAGGGAGCUUAAGUUUUUGCAGGAAAUGUGUUUGGUGAGGUUUGGCUUGUGUAUAGGAAAUUCAAUUUGUUGAUUGUUGAACUCUUGUACUUUGUAUUUCAUGUUUGAUUGAUGAAUUUUGCUCAUGCAUAAGCAGGCGACAUUCAUGAAGAUGGUGUAUUUCAUUCAUUGGAAAAUUAUUGUUGAAUGCUAGUAUUGAAUAGCCAAGGCUAAAGCUGUCGGAUAUUGGAAUUUGGAUUCCAUCGAUUUAUUAAUGAAUCUCUUGAAUUGCCCCCUUUA